AUGCAGAACUCCAAGAAGACACCUAAUAGCAUCACUCAAGCCUCCGGUAUAUUUGCAAACUGUGGUCCAGGAAUCAACACGUAUGCACUACAAUACAGUUGCACCGGCCCAGCAUGCAAAGGCAUCAAUGGCUUUCAGAACGUCAAAUGCAACAGUGACGGAGGCUGGAUGUCAUGUUCGAACAGCAUCACAUGCCCACCCGGUAUAGCAUCGUUUAUCUCGAAUUUCACAUUUUCGCAAAAUGAUGCCGACCCUUGGAACCCUACUUCGAUGAACGAUCCCGACUCCUGGAACCCUACAUCGCUGAAUGAACCAGAUGUCUUGGUGCAACAAGAGCAACACAUAACAGUUGCAAGCUGUGCCAAGUUCUCGCUUCUCAGUAAUGGCACUGUAGAAGGAACGAGGAUCGACGGUGGAAGUAUGGCGAACGAAAAGGAGUGUCCCAAGGUUAAAGAAGCACCAUCAGCUUCUCCACACGCCGAGGCAGCCGAAAACCCGGCCCAACUGCUGGACAUGGGACAAGCUUUACGAAGGAACCAGGGCCAGAGCUUAUUAAGCUUGGUUUUGCAUCGAGGAAACAACGCAAAUGCGUCUGAACACCAUCAACGUCGCCUCGAACUACCACGACGAACUCAAAUUCGCAUACGAGACGCCGAAAAUAGAGCCAUUUCUUUCGCGGAACACCUCAGCGCCGAUUUGGCGGCCAAAAGCAAAGCUCUGAGCCCGAACAGCGACACUCUUGCGCACAAUCUGGUUGCGAAUGUCAUUUAUUCAGUGUGCAAUGCAUACUUUCGUAGCGACGACGCUGGAAGCUUCGACCCUAGCAUAGUCAAAGACUGCGUCAAGAACGUUUAUGGUCAAGAGACUAUGCCGCAAGCUGCUGCGCAAUUCUAUGCCGUCUUUGGAGCAAGUUUACUCUGCGACUUUGUGGUGAGCGAAGCUUAUCCUGUCGCUCAGGAGUUCGUCUCAGAUGGAUGCGAGGGCCUGCAGAGUCUCAUGAAGGUUUCGCCUGCAGCCGUGACAGCUUCUUCAUUCCAUGCCGACGCCCUCACUACAGAAUAUUUGGUUGCGGAUCAAAUUCCAGAUGCUCUUCCAACGGGUCCUCCGCCUUUCUUGUCCUUGUCUGCAUCAGCUGGAACUUCUGCGUCGCCCUCGUUUGAUGUUUCACCGUUGCGAGCUUCUGCGUUAGACGCACCAAUAUCUAGCAAUACGGUAGCUGAAAUGUCUAAAGAGAGUGGGUUGUCCCCCAAUGCGGCCAAUCCUUCAACUGAAGCCCAAAGAACGAGCCAAUCUUUCGUAUCUGCUGAAUCUUCAGCAACAUCAGAUAUUCCCAAAAUCAACUCGAAUGCUCUUAUAGCUGUCGCACUGGACCCUAGCAAAGACCAGUCUAGAUCAAGUUCGAUUCAAGGCACGAUCGUCACACAAGACAUGCCGGUUCUUCCUACUGAAGAUCGUCUCUCACAUUUAUCGCAGAAUUUUCCAACGAUAUCUCCACCUCUUCUGACACCAGAAACCUUAUCAGGAACUCUUCAGUUGCCCACCACGGCAGCAGCAUCGUCCUCUGCCAAAUACAUCCCGCAAAUAUCCGAUAAUGACACAACUAUUUUGCCCCCGACACAAUCAAGCUCACGCUCUAAUGGUCCCACGCCCGACCCAUUUCCAGGUAUCAGUACAAGUGACGCUCCACUAGUUCGAUCAACCACACCAGCGUUGGGACAAGAGCCCAUAGAUGAUUCAAGGCUUCUAGUCCCACCUCCUGUCUCUCCUGCAGAACUCAAAACCUCCUCAGAGGGUUCACUAGCAUCUAUGACGAAUCCAGCCAAGGUUGGAAGCCAACUUCCCUCCUAUCUCUUUCUAGUCUUGCUUCGUUCAAGGAGAGCUUGCCGAUGA